AAGGCAGAGCAAUGCAAGUGCCUGGACAGAUACAAAAAGACAGAGAGCUGUGAUAUAUGCAUAUUUACUGUCUGGAGCUACUAUUGACUGAUUCUUCUUGCUAGAACUCCUCUCUUGACUUGUGCUGGGAUUUAUUGAGAAACUUUGAUCGCAGGAGUUGAGGAGAUAAACUUUGUUUUGAUAACAUGCUGCAGUUGUCACAUCUUGUCAGGAUGAGGUCCCUGGCCCUCGGCCUUUUCUGCCUGUUGUGCUGUAAUGCAGUUCGACUGGACAGACGGCGUCUCAGACCCAUUGCAGCCAGAGGUCGAGUAGAGUCUAAUGUCCAAACCAAACCAGUGGGGAUCCCUUGCAAAGCAGUCCCGCUGGAUUUCGUCUUUGUCAUCGACAGCUCCCGAAGCAUCCGCCCCAAUGACUAUGAGAAGGUCAAGACCUUCAUUAUCAACCUGCUUCAGUUCCUUGAGAUUGGCUCUGAUGCCACUCGGGUUGGUCUGCUACAGUACGGCAGCGUGGUCCAGCCUGAGUUCUCCCUCAACACCUACACCACCAAGGCUGAAGUGGAGCAGGCAGUGAAAAACAUGGAGCACCUUGCCACAGGAACAAUGACCGGUCUGGCCAUCCAGUACACAAUGGAGACAGCUUUCACUGAGGAAGAGGGAGCACGACCAGCUAACCUGCACAUCCCACGAAUCGCCAUGGUUGUGACUGAUGGGCGACCUCAGGACACAGUGGAGGAGAUUGCGGCGCAGGCAAGGCAGGCUGGCAUCCAGAUCUUUGCUAUCGGAGUGGGCAGGGUGGAUAUGAACACUCUGAAGGCCAUAGGGAGUGAGCCACAUUCUGAGCAUGUGCACCUAGUGGCCAACUUCAGCCAGAUAGAAACUCUCAUCUCGGUGUUCCAGUCCAAACUGUGUGGAGGUUCAGAGAUGUGUAAGGUGGUGGUCCAUCAGUGCCAGCACAUCUGUGUGAGCAGCCCUGCCUCAUACAGGUGCAAGUGCAGGAAGGGCUUCACUCUCAACCCCGAUGGCAAGACAUGUAAAGAGAUCGAUCACUGUGCUGAUGGCACCCGUGGGUGUGAACAGGAGUUUAUGAGCACACAAGACUCCUGUGUGUGUAAAUGCAGAGAGGGCUACAAACUCAAGCCUGAUGGGAAAACAUGCAAGAAGAUUGAUCACUGUGCUGAUGGCAGCCACGGGUGUGAACAGGAGUUUAUGAAUACAGAAGAUUCAUGUGUGUGUAAAUGCAGGAAAGGCUACACACUCAGACCUGAUGGGAAAACGUGCAAAAAGAUUGAUCACUGUGCUGAUGGGAAACACGGCUGUGAACAAGAGUUUAUGAAUACACAAGAUUCAUGUGUGUGUAAGUGCAGGAAAGGCUACACACUCAGACCUGAUGGGAAAACAUGCAAAAAGAUAGACUAUUGUGCUGAUGGGAAACAGGGCUGUGAACAGGAAUUUAUGAAUACAGAAGAUUCAUGUGUGUGUAAGUGCAGAAAUGGAUUCACACUCCGCCCAGAUGGAAAAACAUGUCAAAGUCUGGAUCUGUGUCAGACAGUGGACCAUGGCUGUGAACACCAGUGUGUCAAUACCAACGACUCCUACAUUUGCAGAUGUUUUCAAGGGUUCAUGUUAGCUCAAGAUGGGAAGCGCUGCAAAAAGCCAGACUGUGCCGAUGGAGUUAUGGAUCUGGUUUUCAUAAUUGAUGGCUCUAAGAGUCUGGGCCCUGCCAACUUUGAACUGGUCAAGCAGUUUGUAAACAGCAUUGUGGACUCCCUGGACAUUUCUAGGACAGGCACACAUGUCGGCCUUCUUCAGUACUCCACCAAGGUGCGCCCAGAGUUCACCCUGGGCCAGUACACCACGGCAAGGAGCAUCAAACAGGCUGUGUCCCGGAUACAGUACAUGGGGAGAGGCUCCUUGACUGGCUCAGCCUUACGACACAUGUUUGAGUCCAGCUUUUCAGCUAAAGAAGGAGCCAGGCCGAACAUCCCACGCGUCAGCAUUGUGUUUACUGAUGGAAGAUCACAGGAUGAUGUGUCUGAAUGGGCUAAUAAAGCAAAGAACUCUGGAAUCACAAUAUAUGCCUUGGGUGUUGGCAAAGCCAUUGAGCAGGAGCUGAGAGAAAUAGCGUCAGAGCCUGAUGAGAAGCACCUUUAUUACGCUGAAGAUUUUGAGAAAAUGGGAGAAAUUACAAAGAAGCUCAAGUCCAGGAUAUGUACAGACAAACCAUCUGAUGAAAACAUGUGCCAGUGUGAGAACGUGAUGAUGUUUCAAAACCAGGUCACCGAGAAGCUGAAGAAGCUGACACAAAACAUUGAAGCUAUGUCAAAGAAGCUGGAGACACUCGAGAAUCAACUGGUGCACAAAUGAAAGGCUGAGAUAUGUUACACCUCCGUGUGGCAUGCACAGGAUCCCUUUCAUCCUGCUCUACAAGCUACACUGAUACAUAUGCUAACACAAUGCUUUCUACUGAAGAUAUUUAUACACUUUUUGUAUACAACACAAUGUAUUUUUUGUCUGUAAUAUUUUUUGUUAUGUUUUGCCACAUCAAAUGAAUAACUACAGAAAACUGACAAAUAAACA